AUGAUCAGGGAAACGACAGAGCAGAUCAAGAUGAUCCGAGAUAGGCUACGGAAAGCCCAAGAUCGACAGAAAAGUUACUAUGACUUGAGGCACCGACCCCUAGAAUUUGAAGUAGAGGAUCAUGUAUUCAUCAAACUCUCCCCUGUUACUGGUGUUGGCAGAUCUCUUGGUGUAAGGAAGUUAAGUCCACGAUAUAUCGGUCCCUAUCAGAUUCUGAAAAGGGUAGGACCGGUAGCCUAUCAGUUAGCAUUACCACCCAAUCUGGCAAACCUUCACGAUGUAUUCCAUGAAAGCCAGUUGAAGAAGUAUUUGGCGGAUCCCUCCCAUGUUGUAUUACCGGAUAUUGUGGAAGUAAGACCCAACUUGAAGAUUCCCGUGGUACCGUACAAGAUUCUAGACAAAGAAGAGAAGCGACUUCGCAGCAAAGUGAUACCAAUGGUUGGUAUCCCUGUGGUCUCCUCAGUUAGAGUAUUGGUUACAUUUACAAAGUUUGAAGAAUUACAACAAGUAGAUGAGUUUGAAUCAGCCCCAUCAAGUCCUACGGGUGCUGGCCAAGAAUACCCAGAAGUGGCACAAUCAUCAUCAUCAUCAUCAUCAUCAUCAUGGUUUCAGUGGAUAAAGGCACCCUAUGCACAAUCCAGUUCAUCUACUACUGAAGACCAAGUCAAAUGCCAAGUGGAUCACAUGUAA